GAGUUUUAUAUGCUCACCCACACACACACGCAAACACACGCACACACAGGUGCAUAUCUCUUUCUCCUUGUGCUCAGUUGUCUGCAGGGAGGAUCCAUGCUCCGGAAGGCUGUUUAGAUGCUCUGUUGGAACCCCACACUGUCCCUGGGAUCACCAUCGAUCCCACUCCUGAAUCCACUCUUAUGCCCACACCUGAGCUGACCCCUGAAUCUGGCCCCAAGUUAACUCUUGCCUUCAGCCAUGACUCUACCCCUGAGAUAGUCUUUGACUCCUCGCCUGAAUCUGCCCCUGACUUGGGCCUUGACUCUGCCCCUGAAUCCUGCCUUAAACCUGUCCCUGAGCUAGCCACUGAAUUAAUCUCUGACUCCACCCUUGUUCUGGUGCCUGACUCCACCCUUGAAUGUGCCCAAGAGGUGGACCCUGAGCUGGCCUAUAAGCCAACCCCUGAAUAUGCCCCAGAGGCAGGCCCUGAGUUGGCCCAUAACCCAACCCUUGAAUCUGCCCCAGAGGCAGACCCUAAGCUCGCGCAUAAGCAAACUCCUGAAUCUGCCCCGAAGGUGGGCCCUGAACUGACCCAUCACCUACGCCCUGAAUGUACCCCAGAGAUGGGCCCUCAGCAGGUCCAUAAGCCAACCCUUGAAUGUGCCCCAGAAGUGGGACUUCAACUGGCCCAUAAGCCAACCCCUGAAUGUGCCCCAGAGAGGGGCCCUCAGCAGGCCCAUAAGCCAACCCCUGAAUCUGCCCUAGAGAUGGAUUCUGAUCUGACCCAUAAGCCAACCCCUGACUGUGCCCCAGAAUCCCUUCAGGUGGGCCUUACCUCCACCCCUGAAUCUGCCCUGGAUUUGGUCCUCGGCUCCACUACUGAACUGGGCCCAACCCCUAAUUCCCCUCAUCACUCCACCAAGCUGGCCCCUGCCUUCGCCCCUGAACUGGCCUCUGACUCUUCCUCUGAGGUGAACCCUGACUCUACAGCUAUGCUGGCCCCUGACCUGGUCCCUGAUUCUACCUCUGAGCUGGUCUUGGGCUGCACCCCUGAGCUGGAACCUGUUGCAGUCAAAGACAGAAUCCAGGAGGAGAAGCUUGUAGAAGAGAGAGAGGAAAGUUUUCGGUCGGCCCCCCAGCCCUCAGAGAAAAGCCUGCUGGCAGAGGAGGUCCAGACAGACAUACCAGCCAAUCAGACCUCUACUGAUGAGACCCUUGGUGUCAUCUCCUGUGGCCCUUCUGCAGCCAUUCCCAGUGACACAGCUGUGGCCCUGGUGGAGGACGCACCUGCCAUUGCUGACCUGUCAGGAAACAUGGUGCAGGCUCAAAGUUAAAUUUCUACAGGAGGCCUGGCUCACACUCAGCAGGGACAGACGAACAGAGAGACGAAGGGACAAAGCUCCAGAUUUCAUUCAUGUUUCUCAUUUAGAUGAGGGAAAAGAUUGAAGAUAAAAAGCAAAAGAAAACAAACACAGCAUCAAGCCUUGGUUCACAUAACACGCCAGAAAAAGUAACAUUUUGCAAGAUCAAUGAGUCUGUUUGGUUUAAAUUCGUGUCACACUAUGUCAGAUUAUUAACACAUUUUGUGCUACUUUGCGCAUGCUGGUAUGCCACGUAAAACACAUUUAAAAAGCUGCACAUUUAAAAGCUGACACAAAAGUGGAGCUGAUUUCCAAUGUUUUAACAACUAACAUUUUGUGUAAAACAAAUUUUAAAAUGAGACAAUGGUGCACUCUGCCAACUUCUGGAAUUUUCUCUACCUUCCUUCCAGUCUUUUGUUCUAAAAUGAAAAAUUGCCCACCUCCUCUCCUUUGUAUUUGGUUCUGAAGUGUGAUUCCAUCUCUUCCUCACGGUGUUGACUGGUGUUCUUGUAGUUUAACGCUACGUUUUAAUGAGUGGGUACUAGCCGCUAGUGCAAAGUCACAGGCAACAUCUGAUUAGUUCUAUGGCAGACAAGCAUACAGGGACAAAAGCAUAAAAUAUAUACAGAUUUUUUUUAUGGAGGUCUAUACAGGUAGAGGGCAUAGACAUCACUGUGUUUCUGGUGCUCCUAUGAGAAUUGGCUCUCUGAAGUAGGAUUGUGUGACUAAAUUUCUUGAUCAUUUGUGAUUCUUGUACAUCAAAUUUUAUUGCCCAUACUACAUUCACUCAACUUGCCUUAUGCAAAAUUACUAUGCAAAACUUAGCUAAGGAACACUUUCCACUAAAAUCCCUGAGAAAAAAGGAAGGCUGACUAACACCAGAACGAAUGUCCUGUUUUUUCUUGAGAAUCCUCCUUUUCUAAUACCUCGUCCAUAGGGGGACAUAAUUCUCAUUCAUCUGCGAUGCUGGCGACCUCACAAUCACAGUAAGACUUGGAACAUUUGCUGUUUAUAUUUCUUGGUUUUCAAGUGGUUAAGCUUUACCAUUUAAAUGAGAGAGAGCGUAAAAGAAAAGGACAAAGACAAUGUGACAAAAGGGAGAUUGUUUGUGUGUGUGUGUGUGAGUGUGUGUGACAGAGAGAGAGAGAGAGAGAGAGAGAGAGAUAAAGAGUGUUCAACAAGGAAGUCUCGUACAUCUUUGGCUACUUGUCCCUCCGCCGUUCACUGUCAGUGUUUUUUUCAGUUUAGUUUACUCUGUAAAAUGUCUAAAAAUGUUUCCCCUUAGUGUUAACUCAGUCUUUUAAAAAACAAUAUUAUGCUGUGUUAGUUUACCUUUUUGUAUUGUAAUAUGCAGAUCUUUUUAUCUCUCUAUCAUCUUGCUCACCUCUUACUAUACAUAUGUUCUGUUCUUUUUUCUGAAAUCAUUGGCCUAAUGGUUAAUGAUAAUUGCUUUGUCUGUUUUCAUGGAACUUUAGGCUAGGGGUGUGUUCUGGAAUUCUUUCAAACUUGUCUUUUUGUUAACUGCAUCUUGUCUAAACUUGUUUAAUAGUUUCUCCCAUAGACACCCCAAGAGCAUUUUACCCUGUAGAAGCCUCCUUUAAGACACUGCUGAGAUAUAAGGUUGACAUAGAAAGUGCUUUGACAGCAAUUGCUAAACAAGAUUUCACGACAAAAAAAAAAAAAAAACAUUUUAGAAAUUACAUUGUUUUUGUUGAACGGUUGUGGGUACUUUUGCUUUAAUGACGGUGUUUAUGGAACAGAUGGAUUUCAAAAUGUUUUAUAAAAAUGGAAAAAACAAAAAGGAA